AUCUAUAUAAGGUGCAUCCCACCUGCUCAGCAAUAACAACGACAGACCUCGGCCAGCUGACCUCAGCCUCUUACCAAAGUUCAGGUGCCUUUGAGCGACUCCUCAGCAUGUUGCCCUGCAGGAGAGAGGAUGCGGAUGUCCGGGCGGGAGGCGGGCCGCCGGCUUCCCUGGCUCUCCUCCUCUUCCUCCUGCUGCUCCUCUUCUCCUCCUGCAGCCUCAGCAGCGGCCACAGCACCACGGUGGAGCACGACUUCCACAUUGUUCACAACGUGGACAACAGAAGUCCGGAGAUCGACCCCUUCUGGUACGUGGGGCGCGGCGUGAGACCCAUCGGGCGCUUCGGGAAGCGACACAGCGACUCGGCGGGGAUGCGACCCGUGGUCAGGACGCUGGAGCUGCUCCUCAGCAGCCUGCGGAACAAGGACAACUUGGACACGGUGCUGCGUGGGGAAGAUGGAGACUGGUUACCAUGACAACUUGAACACAAUGGAUUCAUGUAUAUAGAAAAAGGGGGUUUAUAUUGAUUAAUAAACAUGA